AAAGAAAGCUGUGUUAUCUCAGUCCAGGAGAGGAAGGAAUUGGUUCACAAUGACAGAACUAAACAGAAUUGUGAAGCUGCUUCUUCCAUAUAAACCAGGGACACUGUUGUCAUUACUGCCAGGAAGCAAAACCAAGCAGGUAAGCAUUCAAAAGUGCAUUCCUAGCUGUUUAUUUUGUUCUUUUUCUCUUCAAAUAAAAAAAGCUUUCCACCUUCAUCAAUCUCUAAAGCAGGCAAAAAGAAACCUCUUUGAGUGAACAAUUAUUUGCAUGUUAAAUUAAAACACAAAAAUAAAAGGUGGUUUGCUUCUUUCCAUCUCUCCAUAAAGCAAACCCACUACCUCCCUCAAUACCUUUCCUCCCUUUUAAACCUAAUGUCUCUCUUUCUUACCAAGUUUAGCAUCACCCUUCUCCUUAGCCACCAAGAAAUUUGGUACAAGCGUCCCUUAUUGCUCGCUCCCUACAUGUUUGAACAACCCACCAUUGCCUUCCUCUCAUUGAUACUUUGACAGAAAUCAGAAACCCCAAGUUUUAGAACCUCUAUUCAGAGUUUUUAUACAGAAAGAGAGAGAUGGGAGCAGAUUGGGGGCCGGUGGUGGUUGCGGUGGUUAUGUUCAUCCUCUUAUCGCCAGGAUUACUAUUCCAGCUACCGGCGAGGACGAGGGUGAUGGAGUUUGGGAACAUGUCUACAAGUGGGAUUGCUAUUCUAGUCCAUGCCGUCAUUUACUUUUGCAUAAUCACUAUCCUGGUCGUUGCUAUUGGCAUUCAUAUACAUGUAAAUUAAUUAUUUAGUCGAAAAAUUCUCCAAAGAUGGGCUCUUUUUGUUCCAUCUUUGUUUCUGUUCUUUUGUAUUUCAACUUUUCUCUCAUGUAGUAGGUUCUUCUUGUUUGUUUUUUUUACAUACAUGAAAAAGGAACAAGUUCAUCAGUUCAUGCUUUUCUCUAAGAAAAGACUCCAAGCUUUUCUAUCAAGUUAUAUAUAGUAAUGAUGCAAUUAUGAGCUUCUCAAAUUAAGGUAUCCUACAAAAAACACAGAUCAAACUCCAAUUUGGGAUCUUUCGCAGCAGCAAAUUAACCGAUACCCAGAAAAUACUUGAGGCAAAAAGGGGAGGAAAUUUAUUGUACCAAUGCCAUCUUAUGAAUAAGCUUCUGACGAGGGACAUGAACUAAAAAUUAAGGUCUCUGCUUACUAACAAAGCCUAUCAAUUUUCCAUGGCCAAAUUGACUAAAACUUUAAAUUCACCGAAUGACAUCAAAAGACGAAAGGAACAGAGAGAGGGAGAGAGACAGAGACUCCAACUUCAAAAUGUGAAAAAGAAAAAGAAAACUCAGCAACUAUAUAUUUCAGAUUUGAAGAACAGAAAAACAUAGGCAUUUCUUACAUCAAAAAUACUAUCUGGGUUUUCUAUAAAUUUUAAAAUAAUGGACAAAACAAGAACCAAGAUCUUGAGCAAGUAAAUUGACCUCCUGGA